GGAUAUCCUAGUCCCGCCUCGCAAGCCGCCUCCUUGCCUUGUCGUCUCGUCGCCGUUGCCUCUCUGCUCAAGCUCAGCUGAGCCUCUGCUCCCUUCCUUGCUUCCCCUGUUCCUGCUCCCUUGCCUUCUCCGCGGCCUUUGCAUCGCAUCCUUGCCUUUCCUUCUUCCCCUCUCCGCGGAGAAAACCAGCAGGAUCUUUGUGGCGGCCAGAGAUCCCUAUAACGCGUCUCGUGCCGUGAAAAACUCUCGCGUCGCGCUCGUUUUCUCUCUGCCUCGGCCAGUCGGCAGGGCUUCGGGCUUCCGCUCCCCUUUGCCGUUUGCCCAGGACGCAGCGUCCCAGCGAUCGCCGCCGCAUGCGGACCCCGGCUCUGUGUUGAUCCGAUACCCAGCGUCUCACUGGAAGCAGCUCGAGGAUGGCGGAUCACUUCGCGCUGAUGACGGGCCGUCUGAUCACGGAGUCGACGCUCCGGUCCGCCGUUCAUGAGUCAUCUGCCGACGCCGCCGUGCCUUCCACUUCGGACGGCUACGAGCACACCGACCCCUCCGUCGUUGCUGAAGACGUUCAGCUGUGCGUGGGCAAAGCCAAGAGCGGUGUCAUGGUGGAGUGCAGGAUCUGCCAAGAGGAAGGUGACGAGGCCUACAUGGAGACCCCCUGCUCCUGCAAGGGCAGCUUGAAGUACGCUCACCACAGAUGCGUCCAGCGGUGGUGUAACGAGAAGGGAGACACCAUAUGUGAGAUAUGCUUGCAGCAACUGACACCAAACUACACUGCUCCUUUGAAGUUGUUUCGGCAUGGAAGGAACCUAAUAAAUUUCAGGAGAGCUGUAGAAAGACGAGAAAAUCACGGUGCUAGUUAUGGUCACACCUUGGAUCAAUCUGAUGGUGCAUCAAGCUUUGAUUCUCAAAGUUCCAACCCAAAAAACGUCAUAUAUUGCCGAGUAUUUGCCGUUGCUUUGAUGGCUUUGUUGGUUCUCCGUGACGCAAUCUUCCUUAUACUCCGCAGCCACAAAGUGUGCUCAAUAGAGCUAAUCACUCUGCUAAUGUUCAGAACGGCUGGAAUUGUCAUACCUGUCUACAUCAUCUUGAUAUCAAUUACCGCAUUGCUUCAUCGGUGUAAUCAACGUCAGGUUGUGCAUGAGACGCCGGUUUCUGAACCUCGUGGAGCAGGGGGUUUGCAGCCAAUGCCACCUCAACAGCAUAUCAUCAACAUCCGGUAGGAAGCUGCAUGGUGAUUCCAAGUCAGGCAGGGGCUCUGUAAAUAUAUGAGAAAUGUUUGAGGGGCUCUGUAAAUAUAUGAGAGAUGUUUGAGCUUCAGGCUUGUCACAUAGGAUUUGGAAGAUACGAAAUCAUUGCGAUUGACAUGCAAUGAUUCAUAGUAGUUUCUGUGCACAAAAGCAAUUCUACGAUACAGCCACUCAACUUCACAAGUCAGGAAGAUGAAGUUGGCUUGGUGCCUGUAAUGUGAAACAAUUGUAGGAAAGUUGCAUAAAAAAUGUACAUGCAUUUGUGACAAAGAUAUAGGAAGACCGAUUUGGUUCUGUGUGCGAUUAGAGGCUUGAUUGAUGGCAGGAUUCAUUGCUA